GAUCAUUAGGAGUUUCUUUCUUUGCAGUUUGGCUGCUCAGCACACAUCAUUAUCAGUGCAGGCAAGCCCAGCGUCUUUUUGUCUGUCAUUUUCGGUUUUAGCUCUCCUUUCUGGUCGGAAUAAAAGAUGGUGCAUGGAUAAAGUUGUAAGCCAUGCUCCAACAUGUUUGGAAUAUGUGGUUUUGCUUGAGCCUACUGUCAACAAAACAGUGUUUCAUUCAGUCCAAAGAUUGAAGCAGCAAUGGACCAGGCAAGGUCGACGAUAUCCAAAAUUUUUAACGGGGAGCCCCACUCCUACACACGUUUCAACUUGACCCAGAACAUGGAAGGCGAUAACAGCCAGGUGGAGAUGAAGCUGUCGUCCGACAUGGAUGAGGAGGUCGGGGUAAAUGGAGUGGGAGACCACCUCAAUCACAACUCUAACCGCAAACCCUACGUGGCUCAGAAGCUUGGACGCACACCGAAGAACCUCUGCUUCAUGGCGGCUGCCACCCUCCUCAUCUUUAUCAUCGGGUAUUUGAUUGGCUACCUGGUUCAUCGGAAGAAGGACAUUGCUCCCACCUGUGCAGCCUCCAUUGCCCGUUACGAUGAACCUGUUGCCCACGAGACAGGUGCUGCCCCGCUGAUGGACUGGGACGAUCUCAAAAAUCUCCUCACUGAGAAACUCAGCGCAGCCAAAUUUGAACCUGUCUUCAAAGAGUUGUCCCGUGUCGACCAUCGGGCGGGCUCUCCUGGAGACGAGACUUUGGCGAACAAGGUCAUGAAGAAGUUUAACGACUACGGCAUGUCAACCUGGACCGAUGAGCAUUAUGUCAAGGUUCAGGACGCCCCGGCUUCUGGAUUUAACAGAAUUAAAUUCAAGAACGAGACCAGUAAGAAUCUGGAGGGAUUCCUGUCCUACAGUGCCACGGGAACAGUGACGGGUGCUGUCUUGUACACAUAUUACGGGCAGGAAAGCGACUUGAGGGUGCUGCGGGAUAAAGGCAUCAACCAGACCGGCAGAGUCAUGCUGGUCAGAGCUGGUCGCAUCAGCUUUGCUGAGAAGGUUGCCAAUGCUGCCAAAAUGGGUGCUGCUGCUGUUUUGAUCUACCCCGACCCGGAUGAUUACGCUAUCGGAGACGCCGCAACACCGCUCUUUGGACAUGUCCACAUGGGUUCAGGGGACCCCUACACUCCAGGCUUCCCCUCCUUCAACCACACCCAGUUUCCACCUGUCCAGUCUUCAGGCCUGCCGAAAAUCUUGGCUCAGACCAUCACAGCCGGCAUGGCUACCAAAAUCCUGAGAGCCCUGGAGGGUCAGAAUGAGCCGGAAAGCUGGGGGGGCCUCAACAGACUGGGAGGCGAGAACGAUCUCAUCACUGUGGAGGUCAACAACGUCCUCAAAGAGAAAAAGAUCAAUAAUGUCUUUGGGGUCAUCAAAGGGUUCGUGGAUGCAGAUCGUUAUGUGGUUAUCGGCGCCCAGAGGGACGCAUGGGGUCCAGGUUUUGCCACUUCGACAGUCGGUACCAGCGUCCUGCUUGAGCUGGCGCGUUCCAUCUCAGACAUGGUGAAGAACGACGGAUUCAAACCGAGGAGAAGCAUCGUGUUUGCCAGCUGGAGUGCAGGUGAAUAUGGGAGUGUUGGCGCCACCGAGUGGCUGGAGGGUUAUCUUUCCUCUCUGAGCAUGAAAGCCUUCGCCUACAUCAACCUGGAUGCAGUUGUGAAAGGUCAGAAAGGAUUUAAAGUGGGAGCCAGUCCUCUGCUGCACGGCCUGAUCGAGAGCGCUCUGAACGAGGUGCACUUCCGGAGUGGGUCUCUGUUUUCUCAAUAUGCAAAGGGAAACUGGGAAUCAAACGUGUUGGAGCCUCUGAAGGUGGACAAUGCUGCGUAUCCUUUCCUUGCCUUUUCUGGCAUUCCCUCAGUGUCGUUUGGAUUCACCUCCGGGAGCUCAGACUACCAGUACUCUGGCACAAACCUGGACACCCGGGAGAGACUGAACAGCGCCACGGGCAACCAGGUUCCUCAGCUUGCCGAAAUCUCGACUAAGUUCGCAGGACAAAUUGCACUGAGGCUGGUCCACGAUCAUCUGCUGCGGAUGGACCUGACUAAGUACGACAAGGUCAUUCGUACUCACAUGGUUCACAUCAACUCCAAAGUCAAGGCUGUGCAGAGGAUGCAGCCCCAGCUGUUGCCCAAGGCCCUGACGAUGCAGUGGUUGAUCUCGGCCUCUGGCUCCUACAGCCGAGCCUCUCGCAACCUGGCGUCAGACAUCCAGAACAGUGACCUGGACGACAUUGAGAUGUGCCGUGUCAUUAAUGACCGCAUCAUGGCGGUGGAAAGGAACUUCCUGUCCCCCUACGUGUCCCCCAGAGACAGUCCUUUCCGCCACAUCCUGCUGGGCUCCGGACCUCACACUCUCAAGGCGCUGUCCACCCACCUGGAGGCCCUCAGGAUCGACCACCCCGACUCGGACGCCGACCUGUUCCGCAACCAGUUCGCCCUGGCGACCUGGACCAUCCAGGGCUGUGCCAACUCACUGGCAGGGGACAUCUGGUCUUUGAAUAAUGAGAUCUAAAAGAGUAGCCCCCCCUCUUUGUCCCUUGUUCAUGAUUUGACCCUCUUAUUACAACUGACGGUGAAAGUACGCUGUGAUCAUUAACUCACAGAUGCACAGCGUUUUAAAUUUAAGACAGGAAAUGAUCAGAGUAGAGCUGUUACUAAAAAUCAUUCAUCACUUUUGCUUCGUUAAUGUCACACUUGAGGGAUAAGCUCCUCUUUCUCCAUAAAGCCAAACAUUACAGAUAAAAAUGUACUUAAGCCUUUACGCCUUAACACAAAGAAACUUUAGAGGGUCAUUUUCUUUUCUUCUCCCACUUUGGAAAGAAAAAUUUUCCAAUAAUUAAUAAUAAUUACCGCAAUCUGAAUACUUUGGUGCUAGUAAGGUCUACCUUCAGAUGGCCAUGUCAUGUGGCAGUGCUACUUUAAUUGGUGUUACCUUACCAAUGAGCUGAAUGUAGUGAAAUUAAGGUUUUUUUCAGCACAGUAUCAGGUCAUAAUCACAGCUGUGUUUUCCAGCUCAGAGAUGUACGAAACACAAACGGCCAGUAUGAUAUUAUUACAAGCUAAUGAUCUUCCAUCUGUUUACCACAAUUAUUACAAAUCGAAACUGCUGGUUUUCCGUCUGCUGCUGGAGCCUCGUGUUCAAACUGAGCUGGUUUUCUAUUGGUAGCUAUAAUUUCAUACUGUGCUGAAACCUGCAACUCAAGUCAAUGUUAGAGAUUUACAAGUUGCUGAAAAGGAGAGAUUAAUUAAGAAUAACGCAGCAGUGUCAAACAGAACACAACUAGAAGUAGAUUUUGGACAAUCAGCUGUUGUUACUUGGCACCGUUUUACACUUAAAGGGAUACUUCACCUGCAAAAUGACCCUUUGCAUAUCAGUUUCUCAACCUGUGUUAUGCUGAAUUUGUGAGGAAAACUUAAUUUUUCUUGCAAGCCUUCACAGUAAAAAAAGAAUCCAAAAAUUGAGACAAUUG